AUGCAGCACUACGAGAAGGCUCUCUCGUCGUCGGUGGCAGCCCACGACUUGCUUUCGGAUGGUGUCUUCUUCCGACACUUCCUCUUGUUUGUAUACGACAUCUGUAUCCCCACAAGAGCAGGAGAUGAUAACAAUACGAACAUGUGGGCCGGUCAUCUCACACAUCUGCGUCUCUUGGCCAUACAGCGACAUCAGCUCCGAGGCCACGAAGCGCAUGCUUACAGUUACACCCUUUGGACCAUCUGUCAGCUCGACAUGUACGCAUGUCUCAUGGGCAGCGGUGCUUGCGAGUUCGUCGAGACCAUCACACGCAACAAUAUGCUCCCACCUCUAGAGCACCAAAUUCCUCCAGUCUUAUCACCCGGUACCAGCCCCUUCCAUCCACACGAAGAAUUGCAAAUCUUCCCUGCAAUCCUCCACUUGCACGAAGGCAUCAUCCUCCUCACCGCAAAACUCGCCCAAACCGCCCACAAUUUCCGCACAGCCAUCAAAUCCCCCUCAUCCCCCAUCCCACCCUCCACUUACGCACAAUGGCAAGCAACCACCUCAUCCCUCCAAAACGACCUCCACACGUUCUGGCAACAAGCCUCCCACCCAAUCACCCCAUCCCCCGCCGACUCCCUCGCAGCCUCAACCUCCCUCCCACCCCGCGUCCGCCCCAUCUUCGAAACCUCCCUCCUCCUCUACCACGCCGCCACCAUUUACAGUCGCACCAGCAUGUUCCCCAACCAACGCCACAUCCCCAGCGCCUCGCAACACGACAUCAACGCCGACACCGAAGUUCGCGCGCAAGCCAUCCUUCACCUUGUGCAAAAUCAAGCCUUCGCAUGUCGAGAUAUGGUUUUUCCGGUUUUUAUGGCCGGGGUCGCGAGUGCGGAUUUUGGGGUUCAGAUGAGGGCGGUGGAGUUGAUGAAAGAAAUUGAGGGGGAGGGGAUUGGGGGGAAUAUUUUUCGGUUGAGGGUGCUUUUGGGGGAGGUAGAGGGAUAA